UAAGCACGAGGUUAAGGUUUUGCAGUUGUUGAAGUGAAGAAAAAAUAAAAAAGGGGAAUAGAAACUGAGAAAAAGAGUUCGAUCUCUCUUCUUCGCGACAACCUCUUUAAAUUCGCAACAUCGCACAAUGGUUGAAGCUCGAAGCACUAACUCGCCGCUUUGUCACUCUGCGCCGUCUCCCCGAUGAUCAUGGAGCUAUCGGAUUCCACCGGGGCCGACCGCAACCCCAACGCGCCGCCGCCGCACAGCAACCAAAACCAAGACGCGCGUUCCGGUCUCGGAAUCGACCUGAACGAGAUCCCCUCGCCUUCCUCUUCGUUUCCAGAAACCCUACCGGACUCCGUCGCCGUCGACGUCGUCCGCGCAUACCAUGACAACCCAGCUCCGCCGCCGGGUGGCCCCGCCGCCCUCCCUCGCGGUGGCUCCUCUCCCUGCGCCGCCUGCGCCAAGCCUUCCCCCGCCGCCGUGAACCACCACCAACUCGUCGUGUGCGACGGCUGCGAGCGUGACUUCCACCUCUCCUGCGCCGGAAUUCGCGGCGGAGGCCGACAGGCGGCGAACCUCGACGAGUGGGUCUGCGGCGAGUGCGUCGCCGCCGGAGUUAAGAGCAAGCGGUGGCCGUUGGGAGUGAAACAGCUUCUCGAUAUCAAUGCUCCGCCGCCAAGCGACGGCGGCGACGAGGAGGUUCAGGAUUCGAGAAAGCACACUCUGGGUGAUAAUUCUUUUGGUGCCAAUCCAUUUGGUGCCCCAGCGACGAAUUCAAACUUCAACAAUGGGAAUGCUAUUGGCUUCCAAAAGGCAUCUGGAGUUGUGACGCAUGCUGUUAGAGUGGGUUUUGAGGAUAUAACUCAAUUUACUAGAAGCUUUGAGGAGGCUCUUAGAGAUUUUGUAUCUGAACGGCGUGGUGUACUAGAGGAAGGUUGGCGAGUGGAAUUUAGACAAUCAGUGAGCAACUCUGAACUGUAUGCAGUUUACUGUGCACCAGAUGGAAAGAUAUUUGAUUCUGUGUAUGAAGUGGCUUAUUAUUUGGGGCUAGCGCCUCUCCCUUCUUUAGGUGGGCCUCUAUCCAAAAAAAGAAAGUUAACAAGAACUACAGCAGCUAACGGUUCUAUGGAAAAGCGGGGAACCUUGAUGAAUAGUAAUUGUAAGGAUCCUCCUUCUGAUGGUUUAAAUGUGGAAUGUGCUAGUGCUAGGGGGAAUAUCCCAAAACUCUCUGAAAUUGGAGGAAAAGAGGAUUGCCACUCCCGCCCUCAACAAUCUGCUGAUGGACUUCCUCUACAGUUCAAGGAUUUCUUUGUUCUUUCUUUGGGGAAAGUUGAUGCGAGACCUUCAUAUUAUGAUGCUAAUCUUAUCUGUCCUGUAGGUUAUAAAUCUUGUUGGCAUGACAAGAUCACUGGCUCUCUUUUUACAUGUGAAGUUUUGCAGGGUGGUGAUUCUGGACCUAUAUUUAGGAUCCGAAGGUGUUCCUGUUCAGAAUUUCCUGUUCCAGUUGGGUCAACCAUACUCUCAAUGUCAAAACUUUGUCAAGUUGUGAGUCAAACCAAUGAAGAAGGUGAGGGAAAAACUAAUGGUAGUAUGGAUUUAGAUGAUGAUGAAAGUCUCCAAAUGAUGCUUUUAGACCCUUGUGUGCCAAUGGAAAAUGAUAUCCUUAGUUGCUUUCCAAGCUGCUCAACUGAGGAACAUGAUACUCAUACAUCAGAUGUAUUACACCCUGUUGCUAGUUCAGUUCAAGAUAAUGCUAGAAAUUCAUUAGCUGAUAACUUAGGGUUUAAUGAUGAAAUUGGUGAAUUUUUGGUGGAAGAGCGGUCGUCAUUCUCUGCAUGGACAGUUAUUUCUCAAAAGCUGGUUAACGCUUGCAAGGAUAUCUGCAAACAGAAAGGAAAUCUCAAUUUCUAUUGUAACCAUGUUGAUAAAUGGGAUUUAAGGAAUGGAAAAAGUGAUACAUACUUUACUUCGAUGGAUAAAUUUUGUGGUUCUCUUGGUGCAGUUGGAAUCCCAAAUGUAAUUUAUGCAGACAAUGAUGUGGAAGGUAUCUACGAGGCACUGGGAAAAUGGUUGGAGCAGGAUAGAUUUGGAUUAGAUGCUGAAUUUGUGCAAGAAGUAUUGGAACAACUUCCUGGUGUCCAAGACUCUUUGCAGUAUGAACUUUUAAAUACUAGAAAUAAUAGCUCAUCAUUGCCAACAGUAGAAAAUGGUUUCUUAGUGGUUGAAUGGAGAGAUGGAUCAAAAUAUCAGGAAGAAACAGUUCAAGCUUUAUAUGGGAGGUCCAAGAAGGUGACUGAGAAAAGCAUUAAGGAAGGUCGUCAUCCACCACUUGGGAAGCCAGUAUGCUCUAGGGCUCCUGGUGAGCUCAUUGGUGACAUUUUUCAGUCUUGGGAGCUUUUAAAGCGAUUUCAUGAAAUUCUGGACCUGAAAGAGCCAUUGACAUUAGAUGAACUUGAGAAAGAACUCAUUAACCCUUGGUUUGAUGAAUUAGAUUUUCUUGAGAAAUCUGAGAGGGACAUGGAUGAAAGUCAAGUUUUAAUUUCCCAAGGAGCUGAUGGUAAUUGUAGACCAUUGUUGUCCCCAAGAUGUGAAGCUGAUCCAUCAGGUUCCAUAGAAAGUUCUCAUGCGUUUAUUCAAGUGGAAACAGAAGCAAUGAAAGAGGCAGCUCAAGUUAAGUUUGCAUCUUUCACAUAUGCCAGAUGCUUUGGUGUAGCUUUGACCAAGGCUCAUAAUUCAUUGCUAAGAGUGUUAAUAGGUGAAUUGCUGUCAAAGGUGGCUUCCCUGGUAGAUCCAAAUUCUGAACCUGGAGAAUCACGAACAAGACGGGGAAGAAGGAAAGAUAUGGAUAGUGCAGUUCCUGCUAAACGAACCAAGCUCAAUAUGCUUCCUAUUAAUGAAUUGACUUGGCCAGAAUUAGCUCGUAGGUAUAUGUUGGCUUUUUUGUCAAUGGAUGGUAACCUUGAGUCUGUGGAAAUUACUGCUCGCGAAAGUGGUAAAGUAUUUCGUUGCUUACGUGGUGAUGGUGGUUUGCUGUGUGGUUCUCUUACUGGUGUGGCUGGGAUGGAAGCAGAUGCACAGCUGCUUGCAGAGGCUACGAAGAAAAUUUUUGGUUCUUUAAGUAGAGAAAGUGAUGCACUAACCAUGGAAGAAGAAGAGUCUAAUGCAAAGGGUGUUUCUGAAAUUUUUUUGGCAAAUGAUGGUAAUGUUCCUGAAUGGGCACAGAUGCUAGAACCUGUCAGAAAGCUACCAACAAAUGUAGGCACCCGAAUCAGAAAGUGUGUCUAUGAGGCUCUGGAAAAGAAUCCACCAGAAUGGGCAAGGAAAACGCUGGAGCAUUCAAUCAGUAAGGAAGUGUACAAGGGCAAUGCUUCUGGACCAACAAAGAAAGCAGUUCUUUCAGUGUUGGCUAAAGUUGGUGGUGAAGGAUUUCAAUCUAAUCCCAAUAAAGGACAGAAAAAGAAAAUUGUUAUAUCAAUUUCUGACAUUAUCAUGAAACAAUGUCGCAUAGUAUUACGUCGUGCCGCUGCUGCAGAUGAUUCAAAGGUUUUUUGCAAUUUGCUGGGAAGAAAAUUAACAAAUUCUUCAGAUAAUGAUGAUGAGGGGCUUCUUGGAUCUCCAGCCAUGGUAGCCCGUCCUCUUGACUUUCGCACUAUUGACCUAAGAUUAGCUACCGGAGCUUAUGGUGGAUCUCAUGAAGCUUUUCUUGAGGAUGUUCACGAGCUGUGGAACAAUGUCCGUGUUGCUUUUGGGGAUCAACCUGAUUUAAUUGAACUGGCUGAAAAAUUAUCCCUAAACUUUGAAUCAUUAUAUAAUGAGGAGGUUGUCUCGUAUGUCCAAAAAUUUGUGGAGUAUGCUAAAGUGGAAUGCUUAAGUGCAGAAAUGAGAAAGGAAGUUGUUGAUUUUAUUGAGUCAACAAAUGAGAUUCCGAAGGCCCCUUGGGAUGAGGGAGUAUGUAAAGUAUGUGGCAUUGAUAGGGAUGAUGAUAGUGUUCUACUAUGUGAUACUUGUGAUGCUGAGUAUCAUACAUAUUGCUUGAAUCCUCCACUUGCAAGGAUCCCUGAGGGAAACUGGUACUGUCCCUCUUGUGUUGAUGGUAAGCGUGCAACUCAAGAUGUCACAGAACGUACAAAGAUUAUUGGUAAACGUCAAAGUAAAAAGUUUCAGGGAGAAGUCAAUUCUCUAUACUUGGAAUCUCUAACUCAUUUGUCAUCUGUAAUUGAGGAAAAAGAAUACUGGGAGUACAGCGUGGGCGAGAGAACUUUCCUUCUCAAGUUUUUAUGUGAUGAGUUGCUUAACUCUUCCCUGAUUCGCCAGCACCUUGAGCAAUGUGCAGAGUUGUCUGCUGAGUUACAUCAGAAAUUGCGUGCACACUCUGCAGAGUGGAAAAGCCUGAAAACUAGAGAGGAUAUUUUAUCCACAAAAGCUGCAAAAAUGGAUACAUUCUCAGUAAAUACUGCUGGAGAAGUUGGUCUUAAGGAAGGGUUUACUGGUAAAUGCCCGGUCCAGCCACAUACUGCAGUUGACAAUCCUAGUAAUUUUGGGGUAUUUGUUGAUAGUCUGCCUUCAGAAGAGGUUACCAAAGAGAAGUAUAGGUUUGAUAGUGUUGAUAAAAGCAUAUCUGUGACAAAUUCAGAUUCUGAUAGCCAAAAUAUGAAUUCCAUAGAUGUAGAGGGACAAUUUAGAAAUGUCUCUGCUGCUGUGGAGUCUCAAUGUACUGACAAAUCCCCCAAAUCUUUUCCAUCACCAAAUCAUAUGUCUCAAGAAAUAAAUUGUGCUGGUGGAGAAGCUCAUGUCCAGGGUAACCACCAGAAAUGUGAGGGAACGGACAGACCUAUUCCUGUGUCUUACCAGCAAGGAGGAGUGCCUGUUGAUGUUCCUCAGAUUGGCUUGAAUGAGUCAGAACCCUACCACCUUGAGCUCAAUGCCAUCAAACGUGAUAUUUCACUAUUGCAGGACUCCAUAACUAGUGUAGUAUCACAGCUGCUGAAGCUCUCUGUUCGCCGGGAAUUUUUGGGUAUUGAUUCCAUUGGUCAAUUGUACUGGGCUUCGGCUUUGCCUGGAGGACAUUCACGUAUAAUUGUUGAUGCAAGUGCUGCAUUGCUGCAUGGAAGAGGAAUGCCAUUUAGCAGAGACUAUGCAGAGAAGUUUUCUGUUCUGCAGCAUUGUGCACUAUCUGACAAGGAUUCCUCUUUAAUGUCUCAGCCUAGUAAUUCUUUGGGCAAUAGGUCACCGUGGAUUGCUUAUGAAACUGAUGCUGAAAUUGAAGAGCUCUUAGGUUGGCUGGAUUAUAGUGACCCUAAAGAAAGAGAACUGAAAGAUUCCAUUAUGCUGGGCCCAAAAUCAAGAUUCCAAGAGUUCAUUAAUGCACAGACUGAAGAUCAGGGCGAGGACCAAGGGCAUAUUUCUAUGCCAAGAAAUAGAGAGAAAACAGUAUCUAAUUCUCUUGUUACAAAGGCAACUUCCUUGCUGGAAAAGAAAUUUGGUCCCUUCGUUGAGUGGGAUAAUGUUGAAGUGUUGAAGAAGCAAAAUGGAAAGGCCCGAACAACUAAUGAUGAAAAGUUGUAUAGGUGUGAGUGCCUAGAACCCAUAUGGCCUUCUCGGAAACACUGCACAUAUUGUCACAAAACUGUUGUGAGUGAUGUUGAAUUUGAUGGACACAAUGAUGGCAAGUGUAUUGCAGGUCUUCCAGCUGUAGAGAAGAAAAAGGAUAAAAAUGGAUCAUCUAAAGGAAGAGGGAACUUAAAAUGUGAUGCCUCACAUGAGAAAUUCAGAGCUGAUGCUGAAACAGCUGUAACCUCGGUUAGUGGGUCUUCUAAGCUUAGCUCAAGAUUGAUUAAAUUUUCAAAUGAAGAAUCCACAUGCCCAUUUAGUUUUGAAGAUAUAUGUUCCAAGUUUGUGACCAAUGAUUCCAACAAAGAACUUGUCAGAGAAAUAGGUCUUAUUGGUUCAGAUGGUAUCCCAUCCUUAGUUCCUUCUGUAUCUCCUUUUGUUAGUGAAUAUACACUCUCAGCUCAAAAGGAUGAAAGAAUUGUUGGUGGUGUGUCCAAAGCAUCAGAAAGCCAGGUCUCUCAGGGAAACACUGAUGGAGCUGGCACAUGUCUUGACCGUAAAUCAAGCAUUUCUACUGGAAGGUUGGCUGCAAAUGAAAGCAACAAAUCCAACAAAUCAUCCUCGAGAGAACAAAGAGAUGGGAAAUUAUCUUUUUGUAAUCCUGCUUCUGGUAUGGGAGCUGAUGGCUACUGUGUGGUUCCUUCGCCUUCGUUGAGACCAUUAGUUGGAAAAGCUUCUCAUAUUUUGAGGCAGUUGAAGAUAAAUCUACUUGAUAUGGAUGCUGCACUUACGGCAAUUGCUCUAAGACCAUCAAAGGCUGAGUCAGACAGAAGACAGGCUUGGCGUACAUUUGUAAAAUCUGCAAAGACUAUAUAUGAGAUGAUUCAGGCAACAUUUACACUGGAGGAUAUGAUUAAGACAGAGUACUUGAGGAAUGACUGGUGGUACUGGUCAUCAUUCUCAGCUGCUGCCAAAUCUUCUACUUUGCCUUCCCUUGCCCUUCGCAUAUACUCCCUUGAUUUAGCCAUUAUAUAUGAGAAAAUGCCCAAUUCAAGCUUUACUGACAGCUCUGAACCUUCUGCCAUAGUGGAACCAAAACCACCGAUGCAUUUGGAUGCAGAAAAAUCCAAAGCAAGCCGGAAGUCAACCAGAAAAAGGAAGGAAUCAGAUUGUUGAUCUCAUACUUGUGUUCUUGGCUCAGAAAACCUGAUAGCUGAUCAGUUUUAUGUGGUGUGAUGUGAUCAUCCUCUGGUAUAAUUGGGCCAUGGGGCCUACUUAAGGUUAUAAAAUGCGGCAGUCACAGCUGCUGGUGUCUCUUGCGUGCUUGUACAUAUAGGUAAAACUGACCUGCUAACUCAGAUGCUGGUUUUUGGCUAAGCAGAAUUUGUAGGAUUAUCUGCUUUCAGUGGGAGCACCAGUAUGAGGGAAUUGUGAGGAUGCGUCCAAUUUUGAAAUGAUUUCUGCUGCAGCUGUCCAGUUGGCUGCUCCAUAGCGAGAAGUCAUUUUUCAUUUUUCUAGCAGAGUCUGAUCCAUAUAUGUAUACAAAUGGAAUUAUUGUAAAGAAGGAAUAGGAAAAAAGUAGUUAAAAAAGGAAAGGAUGGGAAAGAAGUAAGAAAAUGUUAAGUUGAGCAGUUGUAGGCAAUAUUUCAUUCUUUAUACUUUCUCUGACCCCUAGAAAAGUCCUGCACACGCAUGCCCUUGAUUUUGUUCUUGGGCAUCUGCAGAUGUGUUAGAAUGCAGGGGAAUUAUUGGAAUCAAAGCUUUUUUCCAUCUGCUU